GAGAGUGAAACCGAAGGCUGAAAGUUAGAAAAAUGGCAUGCUGAAGUUAGAGAGAUUAAGGAAUUGUAGAGAGAGAAAAUCAAAUUACUGAAAGAUACAAAAAGUAAGCACUAAGAAAGCAAGCUUUUGAAAGGAAAGAUUAGAUGCCCUUAUAAUAAACCCACGACACAAAUGCCAGUAUCAGCAACGAGACCUCCAAAGCCUGGCCUUGUCGUCCACUGGCGUGUCUGAGAGAGAGAAAGAGAGGAAUUUUGUCUUAGAGAGAGAGGAAUUUUGCAGUAGUGAGAGAAGGAAGUUAGAGAGAGAGAGGGAAUUUGAAGAAACCUCAAAAGCAAAGGAAAAGGCUGAGGCCCCAAAGUCAUCCCUUGCUUUUCUUAGGUGGGCUUGGCUUUUCAAUUGGAAGCAACCCAUCCUCCCCAUAUAUUCACUUUGUCUCUCUAACCCGGCAACUUAAUUUGGAGACGGUUUCUCUCUCUAGAACCUAAGAGAUGCAGAAACAGCAAUCCAAAUCAUCUUUCAAGGAAUCCCUCAAAGCCCUUGAAGCAGAUAUACACCAUGCCAAUACCCUAGCAGCUUCCAUUCCGAGAGCAAAGGAUGGGGCUCAGCUUCAGAUGAGAUUGUCUUAUAGUCCAUUUGCCCCUCUCUUUCUCUUCUUUGUACAGUGGAUGGACUGUAGUCUUGUCAGCUCCCUGGGUCUUCUUCAUAUUCUCAUAUAUAAGGUAUACUUGGAUGGAAACACUACGAUGUCUUUACAUGAAAGGAGAGCCAAUCUUCGAGAGUUCUAUGCCAUUAUAUAUCCAUCUCUGCAACAGCUAGAAGGAGGUUUAACAGAGCUGGAAGACAGCAAACAGAGAGCACAGUGUAUAGAGAGGUUCACGAGGAAGAGGGCGGAAGAGAAACGGAAGCUUUCCGACUUGGAUUUAGAGAGAGAAGAUGAAUGUGGGAUUUGUAUGGAAACAUGCAACAAGAUAGUGUUGCCAAAUUGUGGCCACUCGAUGUGCAUCAACUGUUACCAUGACUGGAACAUACGGUCACAGUCAUGCCCCUUUUGUCGAGAUAGCUUGAGGAGAGUCAAUUCACGAGACCUCUGGGUUCUAAUGAGUAAUGGAGAUGUAAUUGAUACUGCGACUCUAUCCAAGGAGAAUGUGAGGCGUUUCUAUGUGUAUGUUGAGAACCUGCCUCUUAUUGUUCCUGAGAACCUAUUCUUCACUUAUGACUACUCAGUCUAAUUGAAUUGUGUAUAGAUUUUGAAUUUUCUAGAUAGAUGAUGGCAAAUAGGAAAAAGGCCAACCACCCCUGUAAAUAGAGUCUGGUAAUGAGAAGAGAUAAUGUGUCUCUCCACCAGAAGCUCUAUGCUUGUUCCUGCAACAAAGAAACUGUUGUUGGAGGUUGCAUUGAAUGUUUAUGUAAAAUUGUGUUUAUAAUUUAAUGAAAAUGCAAUGUCCCUUCCUCUC